AUGGCUCUCUCUGAACUCCUUGAAGGUCUGAAUCAUUCCACCAACUUCUUUCUUGCCCAUGUCCAGAGAUGCUACCAGCUGGAUGAAUCUUCCUGCAAAGAUAUCGCCAAUGCCUUGUCCCUUGUCAAUAUGGUCCUGGGGAUCUUCUCCAUCUUCUGCAGCUUCUACAGGAAAUCCCACUGGGCCUCCUGGCUGCUCCUCAUCAGCUUCCUGUUAGACCUGGCCAUCGGGACAAUGACCAGGCACCUUAAUCCCUGCUCCAAACUAGGAGCCGAACUGAACGACUUUGCUGUCUUCACCACGUUUGGCCUGGCCUCCGCCCUGCUCCUCGGUAUGGAAGGGCCACUCAGUGGGCUCCUGGCCAUCAUGUAUGUGUUAACCACUUCUUUCCGCCUGUGCUUUUUUACAACUGGAGUUCCCUUCAUAUAUAAAGGUCUACCCAGUGCCUACGCGUCUUGUGUUUUGGCAUCCACUUCCCUUCUGACCAAAGGCAACACAUUCAUUCUUUGCUGUGUGGCCUUGCUCAUGGUUCUGUUCAUGAUAGACCAAACCUACUAUCCCCAUGAAGAAAUCUUGGAGUCUGAAAACUGGAAAAAAAUGGUUUACUUAGGGGGUAUCAUCAUGCUGGUUUUGUCUCCAUUCUCUCUGACUCCUUUAUAUUGCCUGAUGUGGUCCAUCUCCUACAUCUUCUUUCCAGAAUCUCUGUGGGGAAAGAAAGCCUGUGUUAGGCCGCAGCACUGCGAAAACUAA